AUGACUGUUGAAAUAAUUGAAUGGAAUGAAAUAUCAUCAUGGUCUUGGGAUUUACUUGAAGACACAUGUUGUUUUUGUCAAUCUACUCUUGACUAUUGUUGCCCAUGUUGCAUUUUUCCUGGAGAACAAUGUCCACCAGUAGUAGGAGAAUGUGGUCAUACAUUUCACAAACACUGUAUUGACACUUGGCUUGAAAAAAAUACUAAUUGCCCAGUUUGUCGUCAACAAUGGAAGAACCAAAAUUUAAUGGAAAUUGAAAAUUAA